UUUAUGGAAAACGCUGAAAGUUCGGGACAUAAAACACUAUUAACCCUAAAAAUUAUGAACGGCCUCAGGAUAUCCAAAGUUUUAAUCCAUAUAAGUAAACAGUGGAUUGCCCUAUACUAUUUUUAUCUAUCUUGUCUAAUUCUUAGAAGUAAAUACACCCUUUAGUCAACAAAAUUAGUUAAGGAACAUUGCAAAAAACAUGGUGAGUCAUGUCACUAUCUGUGUAGGGCUAAUAUUUAGUGGAGGAAGAAAAUACUGUGGGUUCUACUCAAUAAGUUACAAAAUGUAGUUAUCUUUACUCAGGAAAAGAAGAUUAUGAUAAUCAUUUGGAGUUGCCGAGUUGGAAAUGAUAAAUGUAAUGUAACAAUGCAUUGACUAGAUUCAUUAGACUUGUUGUGGGGAUGGGCUGUAUGCAUUUUCUCUCAGCCUUCUCCUUCUCCUUCUCCCUCAUCACAUUAUUAGUGUUUUCGUGUUGUUGUAAAUGUGAGGGUAGAGAUAGCAUCAGCGUGGGGGAGCUAUUAAAGUUGAGUACUGAGACUCUUGUAUCAGCUGGGAGCCGAUUUGAACUUGGUUUUUUCACUCCUGAAGGAAACAAUGGUAGCAGAUAUUUAGGCAUAUGGUAUUACAAUGUGUCACAAAGAAUUGUCGUGUGGGUUGCGAAAAGAGAUGCGCCACUCCCCAGUUCCUGUGGAGGUAUCCGAAUUCGAGAGGAUGAUGGAAAUGUUGAGGUUGAGUGUAGCAAGGGUGAAGUUUACCCCGUUACACAGCUUGCGAGGUCUGCAGAUUCUAACCGAACACUGCAGCUGUUGGAUUCCGGGAACUUGGUUCUUGUUGACGCUAAUUCAAGUGAAAGAGUGUGGCAGAGCUUCAGCGAGCCAACUGAUACGUUUCUUCCUGGUAUGAAACUGAACGAUACUGUGAAGUUGAGCUCGUGGAUUAGUCCAAGUAAUCCAGCUGAGGGGGACUACUCGUUCGUGCAAGAGCAAGGUGUGUAUCAAAUAUACGAGAGAUCUGUUAAUGUCCACUGGAAAAGUAAUGAGCCUGGUUCGUUUAUAAAGGACAGUUCGUUUAUGAAGGACGCGUUGCCUUCCUUUGUAGACCAAAUGUUAUCAGGUUCUGCCACAACAUCGAAUGAGAGAAAUGGAAAUGGAAAUGGAAAAAGGACAAUUAAAUAUAACAAAUCUUCGCUGAGCCCGAAUUUCAACUACUCAAGGCUGGUGAUGAACUCUUCAGGGCAGAUACAAUUCUAUAAUUUGAGCGAUGGUGUGAGUUUGUUGUCUGGAGCGUGGCCGGCGUCCGAUGAUCCUUGCAGCGUGUACAACGCAUGUGGGAAGUUCGGUCUUUGCAAUACAUCCGGAACACAUAUGUGUACGUGUCCUCUUGGAUUCAACCCCGGUUCUUCGGAAGAUUGGGAUGUUGAACAGUACUCUGACGGCUGUGAUAGGGUCCAACCUGCAGAAUGCAGCCAGAGAAAAAAAUUUGUGAAGAUACCGCUUAUGAGAAUUGGGGGAAGCUUCAAGCCAAUUGAUCAUGCUCCAAAUGAGACUGCGCAACUAAAUGAGACUGCGUGCGAAGGCGUGUGUUUGGAUGAUUGCAAGUGUCAGGCAUACUAUUUCGAAGAUGCUAUUGCUGGUACUUCUUCGAGAUGUUGGGUUUGGAUCGAAGUCUUGAAUCUUCAUUGGGUUGAUCCUGAUGCUGCUAGCAUUAUCCUUUCUCUACGCGUAUCUGAAGCUGCAUCCAUAGUGAACCCGAAAAAAGGCACCGAGUCACAAAGAGUGUAUGUGAUUGCCAUCACUGCUUUGGUAGCUGGAAUUAUACUACUUUCUUGCUCUGCCUGUAUCUUGUAUCGAAGGAGGACGACGGCUGAAAGACCAGGAUAUAACAGACGCAGUGAAGCCAGCUCGGUGUUUUUCUCGAACGAGAGCCAAAGACAAGUGAAUAACUUGAUGCAAGAAAAUGGCACGAACAUUGAUGUUCCUUUUUACAAUCUGGAUUCAAUCUUAUCUGCUACAGACAGUUUCUCGGAUGCAAAUAAGCUCGGGCAAGGUGGAUUCGGGCCGGUGUAUAAGGGAAGGUUUCCGGGGGGGCAUGAAAUUGCAGUGAAGAGGCUGUCGAGCUGCUCGGGCCAAGGAAUCGAGGAAUUUCUCAAUGAGGUCGUCUUGAUUGCCAAGCUUCAACACAGGAAUCUUGUUAGGCUUCUUGGAUACUGCAUCAAGGGGAGUGAAAAAAUCUUGCUUUAUGAAUACAUGCCUAAUAGAAGCUUAGAUGCCUUCUUAUUUGACGAACACAACCGGUUGCUACUCGACUGGAAGAAGAGGUUCGACAUCAUCUUGGGGAUAGCUCGAGGGCUGCUGUAUCUCCACCAAGAUUCAAGGUUGAGAAUCAUUCAUCGCGAUCUGAAAACAAGCAACAUCUUGCUAGACGAAGAUAUGAACCCUAAGAUUUCUGAUUUUGGUUUAGCAAGGAUUGUUGAAGGCAAGGGAACAGAGGCAAGCACAAACAAAGUGGUCGGAACCUAUGGCUAUAUGUCACCGGAGUAUGCGUUGGACGGGAAAUUCUCGACCAAAUCCGACGUUUUCAGCUUCGGAGUUGUAAUGCUGGAGAUCAUAAGUGGGAGGAAGAACACAGGAUUCUAUAAUCCACAACAAGUCCUAAAUCUCUUAGGCUAUACAUGGAGAUUGUGGUGCGACAACAAAGCCCUCGACGUGAUUGAUCCGACGUUGUCGGAAUCAUGCGAGAAAUCCGAAGUGAUCAAGUGCAUAAACAUAGGGCUACUAUGUGUCCAAGAAGAUCCCAACGAGCGGCCCUCCAUGUCGACCGUUGUUAUAAUGCUGGGGAGCGAGACCAGCCCUCUUCCCCUCCCGACCCAGCCGGCGUUCGUCGUGAGGAGACGCCUCUCGACCGUGUCGUCGUCGUCUUCCUCCACGAAACCGGACUCCAUCUCUGUCAAUGAGCUCACCUUUACUACGACGCAAGGGCGAUGAGGGGUUGUUCUGCCUUUGCAUUAUGUGCAAUAUGGUCCAAUCUUGAUAUAGGUUAAAUGUAGUAGAGGUGUGCAUUCGAUUUUUGAUUCGGUUUUAUAUAUUAAAAUCGAAGCAAAUCAAAUUUA